GGCCUGACAAGGGGGAAGAGGCUGGGGCCAGGGGAGCCCAGCUGGAGCUACGGAGUCCCUGGAGCCCUGGUCCAGUCCCAGGGCUGAGGCCUCUCCGGGCCCAGAUGUAGAGCCUGCAGCUGGAGGGUCCCACAUAGGCCAAGGACUCCCUGUUCCACCCUGGCCUCCUGUUUCCCUGAGGGUGGCCUGUGCCUUCCCCAGCAACUCUUCCCACACAGCUGGGGGCGGCCGCACUGAACCCCCCAGCUCUGCUUCCCCCUCCCCGGGGCUUUCCGGCUCCCUCACGUCCCUCCCCGGACCCCAGCUCAAGAAGAGGACCCAUGGCCUGGGGGGCCACACGCCUGCCCUGGCCUGUCCUGCUGGUGCUCCUGGCCUCAGCUUCCUGGGCACAGGAGACAGAGUUUGUGUCUGCCCUGGAGGGUGAGGCGGUCUCUGUGAGUUGCCGGUACCAGCGAUCCCAGCCUUGGCAGGUGAAAAGCUGCUGCAGGCAGACAAGACUCGGGACAUGUGACAUAGUCGUGGACAGUUCCAGGACGGUGGCUCGGCAGCCUCGCUUUUCCAUCAGGGACAAUGGCUCCUCUGGCGUCUUCACCGUCACCAUGACUAAGCUCAGGGUAAAGGACUCAGGGACCUAUUGGUGUGGAAUCUACAGACCUUACGAGAUCUCUGUUCUCAAAGUCAUCCGUCUGGUGGUAUCUCGAGCUUCAACACUCCCCACCACUGUGAGCACCAGGAGCACCAGGAGGGUAACGGUCCUGGCCUCUGCCACCAGCCCUGUCACUGACAGCCCCCCAGACAACCAGAAGUUCAUCACCCUGGACGUGGCGGUGGCCGUGGCUGUCCUGCUGCUGCUGGUGCUGACGCUUGCCCUCAUCUUGGUCCUGUACCUCAGGAAAGCCCGAGGAAGAGCCGGGAAAGAUGCGGAUGACUCACACCACAUCUACGAUGACCUUUCAGUCCAGAAGGAGGAGACCACUGACUUUGCUCAGCAGAUGGUCUCUGGUGAGGACACUGGGAAUAUCUGCUAUGCCUCACUCAUCCACCUAAACCACUCCAGCCCUGAGGACUCCAUCUAUGCCAACACCCUCCCCAAUCUGAAGCCCGUGCCUGACCCCAUUCUGUCUGUGGAAUACGCCAGCAUCGCUAAAAGUGGACCUCAGUCCUCCAAGUCAGCUACUCUAGAGGAGGGGCCUGGGAACUGAAGGCAGAAUUCGCCAGGCAGUGAGCAUUUAUCUAACGCUCACAUGGUGCAGAGCUGCUCUACCAGCAAUGGGUGACUUCCAUGUGCAAAGACAGCUACCAACUAGCUGGGGCCAUGCCCUCCUGCAAGGGAGGUGAGGAAAGGGGAGCAAAGGAAAGGAAAGUCCUUAUCAACUCAGAGGUUGGAAGCUUUGAGUCUGAGGGCUGAGAUUCGAUAAUAGGGGACUUCUGGACAGCUACCCUCUCCUCUCCCCAGGAUCCACUAAAACAAGUCCAACUAGAUAGGGGCCUGGGACCCCGUGCCUCUGAGUAAUCCAGCUUACCUCCCUCUGUGACCGUCACUUCCUUCCUUCCUUCCUGACCAGGGGUAUGACAUUCUGACAGAUUGUGCAAGUUCCCCAAUUGAUGCCUCUCUCCUUGAGUGCCCCAUGCUAACUGUCCUCUCAGGACCUUUAAGCAGGCUAGGAAGUUCUGGCCACUCCCCACCCCCAGACCUGCCUCCUCCUCUCCUUUCUGGCCUCUGGAUCUGAACACCCCUUCCACUCAUGAAAUUCUUAUGACCUUGCCAGGAGGAAGGCUGGGCUGUGGGCAGUGUGCAUAGCUCAGGAGCCUCCUGGCCCUAGCCCUGGCCCUUGCCAGGCAGAAUGUGGCAGGGGAGCUUCCUUGCCUGUGCCACCUACACAGCUCCAUCAGAACUGGCAUGAGCUCCUCUGCCUUCCACAGAAUCCAUCAUCCUCUCUGCUAACUGCAUCUUAGGCAAGCAGAGUGGCCUGGGGGAUGCCUCCUGCCUAGUCUAAGUUCAUUCCAAAAGGCCCUUGUGGAAACAGGGUUCCUUUUUCAUCAUGUACCCCCAAGAAGUAACCUUGAAUUCUGGGAACUCCACGCCGGGUGAGUGGAAGGGUGAUGUCCUAGCUACGUCAUGGGGAAGGAAGAUUGCUUGUAAUUGCAGAUUCGUCACUUCUCAACAGUGACCUUAAAGGUCACUGACUCCACCUGCCAAUGCAAUGCCCGAGCCCUCUCUAUGAACCUCAGUAAGGAGUCACACAGUCAGAGGACAGGGAACUCACCAUCUCCUGCUUAGGCAGUUGGUUUGUGAAUGUUUUUGUCAAACAGGACCUGGCUUGCUUGCAGUCACCAUGAGACAUCAGCUUUGCCCAUAGAUGGGACAAAGGUCAGGUUGCAUCAUGGCCAGAAAGAGAGUGAAGGGUUGGAGAGGAGUAGGUGGGAGGUUUGGGGUCUGGUGGGCCAGUCUUCAAGAAUAUGAGUUCUUCCUGUAGGAGGAAGGCGAGUAAGUUCCUGUCACUUCUGACUGUGACACCUCUGCUGCCGUCAUCCACCUCCCAGGGUCCCAGUGUCAAGGAUGUCAUUCUGUCUCCAACCUGUGGCUCCACGGGGACACAAACUGUGUAGGCUUAUAGGGGCCAGGCACUCAGGUUGAGAGAGGCAGGGACAGGGAGGGAGAGGGAUGCUGAGUGUCACCCUGGCUCCUGAGGUCUCUGCCCCAGCAUUCCAGUUCUGACUCCUGGAGGCUGGGCAACUGCUGCACCCUGACCUCCCACCCAACCUGGCCUUGCUUUGAGAAGGUGACCUGUGGCCUCAUUUGACCUCUGGUCCUUCAUAGUUACAGGUUUUGACAGUGCCCUUCUUUUGGUCUAUAUUUUAGACGAGGUACCCACUGGGGAGCCCGGCUUCACCAUGUGCUCCUCAACCUGGGUUUCCUGCCUGUGCUGGUCUGGCUGCUGCACUAGGAGCUAUCUAGGGGGCGAGGUUCCUCGCAAACUGUCAAAACCCAAAGGAUUUACCCGGACUAGAGCUCCUAGAGUUAUGACUGGUCUGUAUUCAUUAGACAAGCAUUUAUGGGUGCCCACUGGCUGCCAGUCACUGUGCUUAGGGUUGGGGAUACAGAGAUUAAUUCUCGUAAGCUGACAUUUAUGGAGUGCUUGUUAUGGGCCAGAUUUCAUGAAUUAAUGGCUCAGACAUCUCUGUAAGGUCAGUACUUUCCCUCAUUUUACAGAUGGAGAAAUUGAGGCACAGAGAGGUUAAGUAAUUUCUCAAAGUCACACAGCUAGUAAAUGGUAGAUUCUAGACUCUGAAGUUUUAA